UCUGAGUCGAAGGGACUCUAACGUCAUCAAGGUUUCAUCCUUUUACGCUCCGCCGUACAAAUGGCGAGCAUCAUCAGAAGGCCGUCAAACCUAACGGCAGCAGCCGUCCGGUUUCGACUUGCUCCGUUAUUACCGUUCUCCGGAAGUUCUGGUUCCGUUAACUCGGACACGACUCGUUGCUCCGAGUUAAAUCGAGUGCCGAGUUUAGUCGAAGGCUGCGACUACAAGCACUGGCUGGUGCUCAUGAAGCCUCCCAACGGAUACCCACCCCGAAACGACAUCGUACAAGGCUUUAUCAGAACGCUCGCCAUGGCUCAAGGGAGCGACGAAGAAGCUAAGAAAUCGAUAUACUCUGUUUCAACAAAGUACUACUAUGCAUUUGGCUGCAGGGUUCAUGAGCAUUUGACUUACAAGAUAAGAUCUCUGCCUGAUGUUAGAUGGGUUCUACCAGAUUCGUUUAUAGUGGAUGGUGGUGACAGUGGAUAUGGAGGAGAGCCGUCCGUUGACGGGGAGGUUGCCCCAUACGAUGAGAAGUACCAUGCGGACUGGCUACGGGAUCAAACUGAUGAGGAUGCUAAAAACCGACUAGUCAAAAAGAAGCCUAGGAGGAAAAGAAAUAAGAAGUUGAACUAGUUUUGGAGGUCUUUUUGCUUCAGUGUGGCGUUACUCAAGCCUGAGGGGUUUUUUGGAAUGUGUCUUCUAGUGUUUACUACCAUUAGCUAUUAUUGUAAAGAAUCAUAUGUAUAAUGGUAGAGGGAAUCAAUAUUCAAUCAAACCCGAUAUAUUGUGUAGUUUCCACAUCAUUAUGUAGCUACUGAGCUUAGGUAGGACCUAAAUGGAAUCUGUCUUCAAGUGAAAAAUCCAGAGAGUCUCUUACAUAUGU